CUACCUUUAACAAAAUUUCUCCUUGGAUUUUCGCUGAUUCAUCCGCCAGACGAAAGCUGGCGCGCGGCAGACUGCAGAGCACUUGUGGGGAUUCCCGUAUCAGCCCCCAGCCCCCUGACCCCUCUCCGCUGUUUUUUUUUUUGUACAGCCCUCUGCAGACUGCGUGAGUGAAAUUGCACCAAACUGUUGACUCACAGGAAGCCAGCUGGAGAAAAGAUGCCUCAGGGGGAGGAAACCAUCCCUCAAGAGACAACACCUCUUCUCCGAACAUCAGACAGAUCUGAUGGCUGCUGCUGCUGCCAGUCGCUGGCGCUGGCUCUCCUCACCGCCUGUGUGGUGGUCGUCGUCCUGGCCGGCAUCACCGUCGUCUCGGCGUUCUCCAUCAUCGGCUACCCGUGGCACGCCUCCUGCCAGGCAGACUGGACGUUCGGCAAGCCGUGUCAGGAUGUGAUGACGUCGAUCGUGGACCAGAUGCGCGCCUGGGAGGGCGAGGACGGCUGUGCCGCCGGCGGCGAAAAGUGUCUCUACCAGCUGAUCAGCGCCAGCGGGGACACCGUCACGGGCACCCACACCACACCCGUCUCCCACUACGUGGACGAGCUGACGUUCACCUUCGUCAACGGCUCGGCGACCGGCGCCUGCCGCAUGCAGGGGUACUCGCGCUCCAAGACCUGGUACGCCUACCUGGACAAGGGCACCAACUUCUGUAACAUGAAGAACCUGAUCGUGGGCUCUGGGCUGGACCAGGCCGACCCGAUGUACUCGGAGAAUACCAGCGACAGCGUCUGUACUCAGUACUCUUCGGCCGACUGUGAAAAGUACUGAGGCGGCCCACCUCUAUCGCUAACCCGUGCCGGGGUUCGCUGCGAGGUCUUUGUGGUGUUUCACUAGCGCCAGUGGAGACAAUAUCUAUAGUCUGUUCCAUAUCAAGCUUGCAGUUGGAGUUUCUUCGGCAGAUCGCUCCUCCGCUAAAAAAUUUGCGUCUUAAAAUGUAAAGUUGUCUAUACAGAAAUCACGCACUGCUUUCAGCAGGGCACUUCGGCUGCAAACUUGAAACGGAACAAAGUAUAGCGCUUAUAAUGCUUAUGCUUGCCGGCUGAAGUAAGCCUAGUUUUACGAUCAUUACUGACGCUUGGAGGAGUAUAAUAAUACACCUCAGCUAUUUACUCGUAUAGUCAAUCGUGCCAUUUGAUUCGUCACGGUGUGUAUUCGAGGUUCAGUGUGUCUACACUUAGGUACAUAUGAUAGCAUUAUUUCUCUUUUUAGUCUGUUCCCUGCAGAAAAGUAUUAUUUGUGAACCUACAUCUACGUAGGAUUCAACCGUUUUGUUGUACCUCGCUUGUUUUUUCCUCAUGCGAGCGCGACUAGUGUUACCUUCGCUUCGCUUUGUUUCGCCGUGGCUGUGGUGACUAUGGUGAUUGGAUUGUUGGCGUGCUUUACCAGAUGUAGCACGUGUCUGUGAUAUGUGGGACUUCUGUAUAUAAUCAGGCUGCUUCCGCGUCGGAGGCGCAGGCCAGUAUGUAACGAACAAAUAAAAGGUGUCAGGAGAA